AUGGCUGCAAAUCCUCUUAGAAAUCCACUCUCAAGGCAUUGUCUCAUGGGGCUUCUCUCUCUUCUAUUUAUGAUCUCAACGCUUCACACAGCCUUAGCUGCCUCCAGUACUUCUCCAAGUAAUAAUAUUCACACCUACGAAAACUACAUCAAAACAGCUUGCAAUUCAACCACAUACCCAGCAUUAUGCUACAAAUCCCUCUCCCCUUACGCCUUCAAAAUCAAAGAAAAUCCCCACCACCUUUGCAAAACCGCCCUCUCCACAACACUAAAAGCCGCGCGGAAUGCAUCUUCCACAGUGAAAAUGCUAUCGAGAAAGAUUGCCGGAUUGGCGCGUUUAGAAGCUGCAGUCAUUAAGGACUGCAUCGUGAACAUGGAAAACUCCCUCGACGAGCUCAAGCAAUCCCUGAAUGCCAUGAAACAUUUAAACGAUUCGAAUAAGGAAGUGCAGCUGGAGAACAUAAAGACAUGGGUGAGUGCAGCCUUAAUCGAUGAGCAUACGUGCAUGGACGGGUUUGAGGAAGGAGGGUGGGUGAGUGCACCGGUGAAGAACAAGAUCAGGAAUAGUUUAGUGAAAAUUGCUUGGCUGACUAGCAAUGCUUUGUGUCUCAUCAACAACCUCAAACAUUAG